CGUCCUGCCUGCAAACCUCUCGCGCCGAUACCUCGGGGGGCAGCGGUAUAUAAAACUGGACACAUCCUGGCAGUCUGAGAAUUUCCCAGGAGUAGGUCUCUUCUGAAACUCUUAUACUAAACACUCCAAUUUAUACAAACACGUGUGUUGUCGCGCGCCUAUGUAAUUGUUUCAGCUUUCAGAAAUACAAAUUUGGAAAGGAAAGAAAAUAACUGAAUUCUUUACAGCACCGUGCACAUAAAAAAUACGGUAAUUCACUUUCAGUACAAAAGCUUAAGUGAGUGGAAAGACAUUCUCUAUCGACUACCAUUACAGAAAGAGUGAAGAAUUCUGUUCUGAGACCUGUUUCUGUUUUGUGACAGAUUUCGCGUAGCGCAGCCACAUACAACACGUCAUCAUGAGGGAAAUUGUGCACAUGCAAGCCGGGCAAUGCGGAAACCAGAUUGGGGCUAAAUUCUGGGAGGUAAUGUCAGACGAGCACGGCAUAGACCCCACUGGGACAUAUCACGGGGACUCUGACCUGCAGCUGGAGCGGAUCAAUGUCUACUAUAAUGAGGCUACAGGUGGCAAGUAUGUCCCUCGCUGUGUGCUGGUGGACUUGGAGCCAGGCACGAUGGACAGUGUCCGGUCGGGUCCCUUUGGUCAGAUCUUCAGACCCGACAACUUUGUCUUUGACAGUGGUGUAGCGUUGACCCACUCUCUAGGAGGAGGGACGGGCGCGGGUAUGGGCACACUGCUCAUCUCCAAGAUCAGAGAGGAAUACCCGGACAGGAUCAUGAACACUUUCUCCGUGGUGCCUAGUCCUAAGGUGUCAGACACAGUGGUGGAGCCUUACAACGCGACCUUGUCAGUCCACCAGCUGGUGGAGAACACAGACGAGACAUACUGCAUCGACAACGAGGCCCUCUACGACAUCUGUUUCCGGACUCUCAAACUGACCACACCCACGUACGGGGAUCUGAACCAUCUCAUCUCCGCCACCAUGUCCGGCGUCACUACCUGCCUCAGGUUCCCAGGCCAGCUGAACGCAGACUUGCGUAAGAUCGCCGUCAACAUGGUACCGUUCCCACGCCUGCACUUCUUCAUGCCUGGGUUCGCUCCCCUUACCUCCAGGGGCAGUCAACAAUACAGAGCCCUGACAGUCCCUGAGCUGACCCAGCAGAUGUUUGACGCCAAGAACAUGAUGGCUGCUUGUGACCCCAGGCACGGCCGAUACCUCACGGCCACCGCCAUGUUCAGGGGACGCAUGUCUAUGAAAGCUAUGUUCCGCCGUAAAGCCUUCCUGCACUGGUACACAGGGGAAGGCAUGGACGAGAUGGAAUUUACAGAGGCAGAGUCCAACAUGAACGAUCUGGUCUCGGAGUACCAGCAGUACCAGGACGCUACAGCUGAGGAAGAGGGCGAAUUCGACGAAGAAGAAGAAGAAGGAGAGAUGAACUAACGACGUCAUCAUCAUCAUAGCAUCUAUACUCUAGCUACGUCACAAUUAUUCAUAUUUUUAACCUAUAAUUUAAAAUAAAAUUUAAGAAACAGCAACAACAAACAAACAGCAUACGUGUGUAACAUGUAGACAUUUUAUAAUUUUUUGUUUUGUGACUGUUAGGUUAAACACAGGGCAUUGAUUGAACGUUGCGCAAGUUUCUUCGAAAUAAGAGAGAUGCAGUUUGUCUCCAACGUAAUCUGUUGUUUUUUGGGAGGCGGGGAGGGUGUUACAAGAUUGAACAUACAUCUUCAACAAAACGGAGGGAAAAAAAGAAGAAAAAUUAAGAAAUUAAUAU